GAAAUAAAGAAAUGUUAGAAAAUAAUAGAAAUAGUUUUGAUAUUGCGUAUCCUUUUUUUGGAGGUUAUUUACACACUAAAUUAUUUUCAAUAAUUAUGAAACAUGAUAUUUGUGAUAUGUUAGAAACAGAAGAAAAUGGAUUACACUAUAAAGAAAUAUCAAAAAUUACAAAAAUAAAUGAAAAUUCCAUUUAUAGGGUAAUGCGUUAUUUCAUCCCAUUCAAGUUAUUUACAGAAAAAGAGAAUGGUGUAUUUUGCAAAACUGAAAUUAGUACAAUGUUUUCAGGUACUUUUAAAGCAUUGGCAAAAAGAUACAGCAAUGAUUACAACUAUAAGCUAUACGAUAAUAUCGAAGAAUCAAUAAUGAAAAAUGUGAAUAUGGGUCCAGAAGCACUUGGUGUAGAAAAGUACUGGGAUAGUUUUCAAAAGUAUCCAGAGUAUUGCAAACUUUAUAUGGAUUCAAUGAAAUCAUACAGCAAACUUCAAAUUGAAAAUAUAUUACAAAAUGUUGAUUUUUCUCCUUAUAAAAGUAUAGCAGAUAUUGGUGGUUCACAUGGUUUAUUAAUCAAAGAAAUCCUAGACAACUACCAAUCAAUUGCUGGUAUCAACUUUGAUCUCAAAUGUGUUCUCGACAAAUCUCCAUUAAAAGAGACACCAAGAUUAUCUUUAGUCAACGGUAGCUUUUUCGACCAAGUUCCAAAAGCCAAUUGUUUCAUUUUAAAAAAUAUCUUACACGAUUGGGAUGACGAACACUGUAUUAAAAUUUUACAAACAGUAAUAAAAUCAAUGGAUCAAGAUUCAAAAAUAAUGAUAAUCGACUAUAUAAUCGAACCAAAACAAUACAAAACACAACAACUAUUCACCGAUAUAAUAAUGUUACAUUGCUAUAAUGGUAAAGAAAGAACAAAAGAAGAUUGGGACCAACUUUUUGAAAAGGCAAAUUUAAAAAGAGAUAAAAUAAUAUCCAAUGUUGAGGCCGGUUGUCAAAUACUUUCGUUAAAAUAAUCAAAACCAAUUUUAACAGGCAAUAAAUAGUAUCUAUUAUUACUUCUAUCCAUACCCAUGUUUUAUAAUUUAAAAAUAAAUAAAAAAGUAAUUUCUUUUAAAAAUC